AUGGCUUACACUCUCUCUCAAUCACACAGACAACCGAAGGACAUCAUGCUUACCAAUUCAGUAAAUUCAUUUGCUUCUUGGUCCAAACUUUUGGGCAGCGGGGAUGAUGACUACGUCGACCGUAUAAAUCACAUCUACACAGUAAUCGUUCUUAUCAUAUUCUCGAUUGUCUCCAGCAGCGGGACUUACAUCGGCCAUGGCAUCUCCUGUUGGAUACCCGGAGAGGUCAAAUACACCGAUUACGUAAAGAAUCUAUGCUGGACCGGACGGACAUACCAUAUACCGAUGACCCAUGAUUUAGGGAACAAAGAUAAAAGGAUUGACAUUCACUAUUACCUUUGGGUACCUAUGAUCCUACUCUUCCAGGCCUUUCUAUUUAAAUCGCCGAACGUUCUUUGGAAAAUGCUGAAUAAAGGUAACGGCAUGAACAUAGAAAGGUUGGUAACACUGUCCGAAGACACUCAGAUGGUGUCUGAAAAUAAACGCGUUAAAGUCAUUGAAGACAUGAGUAACUAUAUAGACCGCUGGAUUCGAGCCAAUCGCCAAAUGCGGUUCGGAAAGAUGACAUGCUUACGACAGACAAUCAGCUACUUUCAAAUGAUUACCUUCAGUAAACGGGAAGGUACUUAUCUCUCCAGCCUCUAUCUGUUGGUCAAGAUCAUCUAUUUUGUCAAUGUCAUAAUGCAGUAUUACUUACUGAAUGCUCUUCUUCGGAUCGAUUACAAAGCCUACGGCUUGAAUCUAGCCAGAGAGAUCGCCGUAAACGGCACACCGGCCGAGUCACUAUAUUUCCCCCGGAUUACUUAUUGCGAUUUUACGAUUAGACAACUAAACAAUAAACUGCCCUUGACGGCGCAGUGCAUCUUGCCCAUCAACGUGCUUAACGAGAAAAUGUUCGCCUUUUUGUGGUUCUGGUUUGCUGUGGUGGGGGUAUUUACGUUUCUUAAUCUACUCCUGUGGCUGUACCGUAUGAUUGCCCGGGAAAGUUACGUUGGCUAUAUUUUCAAGUACCUGAAACGGGUAGGCGAGGGCUCGAGUAAGAACGAGAAAGCCCGUUGCAAAGAGUUUGUCGAACGGUACCUGAGGAACGACGGAGUGAUGCUUUUGAGAGUGGUGGCCAAAAACUCGACUAAUCUUGUCGUGUCAGAUCUGGUGUCCAACUUGUGGCAACUUUACAAAAAGAAAGACGAGGCCACUGAUAUUGAGAAGUACACAUCAUCAACGACGAUUGUUUAA